UGAUAGCGGAGCUCAGUGCGCAUGCUCAGAAGGGAGAGGUAUGGUUGAAAACUCGCAGUCCAUCGCGCUGAGCAGAAGAGGAGCAGCACAACUAAAUGUGACUUAUCUGAGCAUCAUCAUCAUCACAUCUGCGCCUCCGGGAGACAAAGACGAGACGAACUCUAAAGGAGCAAACAACGCGAUCAGCAGAGCCUCCCGGAGUGAUAUGAUAUUAUUAUUAUUAUAUCUCUCGACGUGACGACUGUUUGCCUGCCUCUAAUGUUUCCAACCCACUGAGACCAGAGGGAAUUAUUCCUUCUUUUGUUCUUUGAUUUUUUUUUAUUAUUGACUAUUAAUAAAAGCAAGCAGCCAAAACGAUUAAAUACGGGUCAUUAUGGUUUUGUUAACACUGAAUAAUAGAAGAGGGUUGAAUUGCUUGUGCGCGCAGUUCUUGCUGUGGAUUUUAUGUGCUGUGGACGGUGAGGAGCAGCAAUUCAGUGUGGAGGCUUGGCUGCAGAGGUAUGGCUACCUCCCUCCCACAGACCCCAGAAUGUCCGUCCUGCGGUCAGAUCAGACCAUGCAGUCUGCUAUCGCUGCCAUGCAGCGUCUCUACGGCCUUAAUGUCACCGGUGAACUGGAUAAGAACACCAUUAACUGGAUGAGGAAGCCAAGGUGUGGGGUGCCAGACCAGUUCGGCGGUGGCUCGAAAUUUAGCGUCAGAAAAAGACGUUACGCCCUCACAGGGCAGAAGUGGCAACAUAAACAUAUCACAUACAGCAUAAAAAACGUCACGCCUAAGGUGGGAGCGGAGGAGACCCACAACGCCAUUCGCCGGGCGUUCGACGUGUGGCAGAACGUCACACCGCUGCGUUUCGAGGCAGUUCCCUAUAGUGACCUGGAGCGCAACAAGAAAGAUGUGGAUAUUACUAUCAUUUUCGCCUCAGGUUUCCAUGGCGACAGCUCCCCUUUUGAUGGAGAAGGGGGUUUCCUUGCACAUGCCUACUUUCCUGGUCCAGGGAUCGGAGGAGAUACACACUUUGAUUCGGAUGAGCCCUGGACACUAGGGAACCCUAACCAUGACGGGAACGACCUCUUCCUGGUGGCGGUACAUGAGCUGGGACAUGCGUUAGGCCUGGAGCACUCCAACGACCCCACUGCCAUCAUGGCCCCCUUCUACCAGUACAUGGACACAGAGAACUUCAGACUGCCACACGACGAUCUGCAGGGCAUCCAGAAGAUCUACGGACCUCCAGAUAAACUUCCUCAGCCCACGAGACCUCUACCCACGAUCCCACCCGUCCGCUCGCACCCUCCCGUAGAUCCACGCAAAAACGACAGGCAGACGCGGCCUCCCCGAAUACCGACCGGCGACAAACCAGCGCACCCGAACGCUAAGCCAGACAUCUGUGACGGCGGCUUCAACACGCUUGCCAUCCUCAGGAGGGAGAUGUUCGUGUUUAAGGACCACUGGUUUUGGAGGGUCAGGGAUAAUGCCGUGAUGUCCGGUUACCCCAUGCUCAUCAAUGUCUUCUGGAGGGGUCUGCCACCCAAGAUUGACGCCGUCUAUGAGAACAGCAAGGGCAAAUUUGUGUUUUUCAAAGGGAAGCAGUUCUGGGUGUUCAAGGACACAAUGCUACAGCCUGGCUACCCCCAGGACAUCUCAAUGUUUGGAAACGGCAUGCCAGCUCAGAGUAUAGAGACAGCCGUCUGGUGGGAGGACGUAGCCAAGACCUACUUCUUCAAAGGAGAUAGGUAUUGGAGAUAUAACGAAGACAUGAGAACGAUGGAUCCUGGUUAUCCCAAGUCCAUCACAGUAUGGAAGGGUGUUCCAGAUUCUCCACAGGGAGCAUUUGUGGACAAAGCUAACGGUUUCACGUACUUCUACAAGGGUAAAGAAUACUGGAAGUUCAACAACCACAGGCUGCGGGUGGAGCCGGGCUACCCUCGCUCUAUCCUGAAAGACUUCAUGGGAUGCGACCUCACGCCCAUCGACCCCGACCUGCAGCCGACGGAUGACGAGGACGUCGUGAUUAAACUGGACAGUGAAGCCAGCACGGUUAAAGCCAUCGCCAUCGUCAUUCCCUGCGUCCUGGCGCUCUGCCUGCUGGUGUUGAUCUACACCGUCUUUCAGUUCAAGAGGAAGGGGACGCCCCGCCACAUACUGUACUGUAAACGCUCCAUGCAGGAGUGGGUGUGAGUCUGACAGCCACAAGACACAGUGGCGUAACACCCCAAACUUGCGGACUUUGGCUCUCGACCUGCGUCUCGCUCAAGGAGAACAGCGAGGGCCUUUGCUUUGACUCCCCCUCUCCAGGAGAUGAGGGGCGCAUUUCUCCUAAAACCCCCUUCUCUUCUCUCAUUGGCCCCGGUGCACCCGCUGUAGGACUGCAAGGAUCCCACGGUGCAUUGCGACGUCCAGUGCCACUGUUCCACGUGGAAAUCGCUGAUUGCUAUACGUUUAGGUUUUACAAGUGCACGUUGAAAAAAAAAAUGACGAAAACGUUGUCGCAGGAGCCGAUUUUUGCUUCGGUUUUAUUUUCAGAGAUAUUUACGAUUCCCUUUAAAGCACUCCCAAACCAAAUAAAUCUCUCCAAAGAGGAUCUUUUUUUUCUUUUCUAUACAUCUUUUUUUUCCCUUCCUGCUCUUUAUUUUGCAGUGAUAUGUAGUGGGGGAACUUUUGACUGUUGUGGCAGUCUGUCUCAAAACAGGGGCCAAAAUAUUCUGCAAUAUUUUUUAACAGCCUUAAUUAUGGAUUGUGUUGUUUGCUUUUGUUUUAGUUUAUUCGUUUGUUUUUCGAGCACCGCUUAUGUUCGUCUGUCGGAAAGGCAGUGCAGUAUUGCUUUGCUCCCUUUGA